GCCCAGCGUGUAUCCGGAAAAGAGCGGAGCUGCCGCCGUGUCCGGAACCGCCGCCCUCCUCAGCCCCCCCGGAGACCUCGGACGUCGCUUUGCCUGAGGGGGGUGGAAAGUGAGGGUCGCCUUGGGCACGUGCCAUGAGGAUGCGGCUGGCCAGGAGGGGCCGCUGGCUGGGCAGAGGCGGCUGCCUGGUGCUGGGGCUGCUGACCGUGGUGGCCUUCUUCGUGGUGGCCCUGUCCAUCUCCACCUUCCAGGUUGCCUCCUCCGAGGGCGGCGGCGGCAUCACCAGAGGGAGGUGGGACAGGCGCUCCUCUGACCGGGCGGAGGAGCAGGAGGAGUUGGCGCGCCCGGUCUACCAGAAAGGCCCGCCGGAUAGCCACGCUUUGGGCCAGUGGGGCAAGGCUGCCCACCUGCAGCUCAGCCCCGAGGAGAAGACGCUGGAGGAAGAGCUGGUCGAAAGGUACGCCAUCAACAUCCACCUGAGCGACAAAAUCUCGCUGCAUCGCCACAUCCAAGACGGCAGAAUGUCCGAAUGCAAAUCCAAGGCGUACAACUACCGAAAGCUGCCCACCACGUCGGUGGUCAUCGCUUUCUACAACGAAGCCUGGUCCACGUUGCUCCGGACCAUACACAGCGUGUUGGAAACUUCUCCGGCCGUUCUCCUCAAAGAAAUCAUACUCGUCGACGACUUGAGCGAUAAAGUGUACCUGAAAACUGAACUCGAAAAGUACAUCAGCAACCUGAAAAGGGUCCGUUUAAUAAGAACGAACAAGAGGGAAGGUUUGGUCCGUGCACGCUUGAUAGGAGCUACCUUUGCCACGGGCGACGUCCUUACUUUCCUUGACUGCCACUGUGAGUGCGUCCCUGGGUGGCUAGAGCCCCUUCUAGAAAGGAUUGCGGAGAAUGAGAGUGUGAUCAUUUGCCCAGUUAUUGACACCAUCGAUUGGAAUACCUUUGAAUUUUAUAUGCAGUCAGGAGAGCCCAUGAUUGGGGGAUUUGAUUGGCGACUGACAUUUCAGUGGCACUCCGUAUCAGAUUAUGAGCGCCACAGGCGGAAAUCGAGAAUUGAGCCUAUAAAAUCCCCGACUAUGGCUGGGGGGCUAUUUGCUGUGAGUAAAAAGUACUUUGAAUACCUUGGUACCUAUGACACAGGGAUGGAUGUCUGGGGAGGAGAGAACUUGGAGCUUUCAUUUAGGGUAUGGCAAUGUGGAGGCAUGUUGGAAAUUCACCCUUGUUCCCAUGUGGGGCAUGUAUUUCCUAAGCGGGCUCCUUAUGCCAGGCCCAACUUCCUUCAGAACACUGCACGGGCUGCAGAAGUGUGGAUGGAUGAGUAUAAAGAGCACUUCUAUAAUAGAAAUCCUCCAGCACGGAAAGAAAACUACGGAGAUGUCUCAGAAAGAAAACUCCUAAGAAAGCAUCUGAAGUGCAAGAACUUUGACUGGUAUUUGAAAACUAUAUUUCCUAGUUUACAUGUUCCAGAGGAUCGGCCUGGCUGGCACGGAGCCAUCCGCAGCAUGGGGAUCUCCUCCGAGUGUCUAGACUACAAUUCGCCUGAACAUAACCCUACUGGGGCCCAUGUGAAUCUUUUUGGAUGCCACGGCCAAGGAGGAAACCAGUUCUUUGAAUAUACAACAAAUAAAGAAAUCCGAUUUAACUCUGUGACUGAACUCUGUGCUGAAGUGCCUGAAGAAAAGGAUUUUGUAGGCAUGAGAAAUUGCCCCAAAGAUGGCUCUACCAUCCCCCAAAACAGUAUAUGGCAUUUUAAAGAAGAUGGAACCAUCUAUCACCCCUAUUCAGCAAAGUGCCUUAGCGCUUAUCGUACUCCUGAGGGUCGGCCUGAUGUACAGAUGAGGACAUGUAAUCCUGCAGAUAAAAAUCAAGUGUGGAAAUUUGAGAAAUAGAAUAGCCAUUGAUCUAGUUUCUGUCCAAGAACACUGCCACCUGAGUAGUAUGUAUUUCCAGAGACCUUUUACACUGCAUUAGAUAAUUUCUAAAAGGAUUUUUAAUAAGUUUGAGGACUACAGUGAAAAACAGAUUUGGGGAUUUGCCAGUUAAAAAGUGCCUUUUAUUCUGAGUGCCUUUAUAAAAGUGUCCUUUAUUUUUAAAAAAAACACCACAGCAGUUAUAUUGCAGUCAUUUGGAAGCAACACAGUCACAUCACAGGGAACAACUAAACUCACAUUAAAUUAAGUACAGCCACAGUACAGAUCGUUCAUUAAUACUUGUUAAAUUAUAUGCAUAGUAUGUGGCUAAUUAAAUGUUUUCGGAGGGGAAGAAACUACACCCCUAGGCUGUGGGCUCUUUUAAGUGUUGAACUGAAAAGCUGGUUGACUAGAAAGAUGAUUUCUUGGCCUUAGGAAGCAGGGAAUGAUAGGUUUGAGGUGAUUUCUCCAGUUGAAUGCACCUCAGGUAAAUAUGCUUUGUUUUUCUUUAAUGAGAGUGGAGCAAGGAAGAACUACAAACUACAUGCAAAAAAUAAAAGCACUCCAAUGUUAACUUGAGGAUGAGGGCAGAAAAGUUAUAACUAUGUCUAUAAAAAUACUAGUGGCAAACAAAGGAUAUUCCUUUUGCUGAUGUUAAAAAUCAUAGAAAGGAUGAGAAAUUGUAUUAAAUACAUCUGAGCUAACAUUCAGAGGCUCAGUAUUAAUGUUUGGAGUUCUUGAUAAGAUCCAAUUAUGAUCCCUGCCUUAUUACUGUGUAUGUAUGACCUUACAUGCUGCCCUUUUAAAAUCUAUUAAUGUGUCGCAGGUUGCGGGAAAUUGAGAGUGGCUCUUUAUGCAUAUAUGUGUACUAGGAUAGAAUCCAGAUCUUCCUGAGGGCUAAAAUAGUUAGUUUUCUUUGAAAAUGCAACCUAUCCUUAUUUAAAGUUGUAAGGUGUUGUCACAUUGCCUCAAAUCAGUAAUUAGCCAUGUGGCAUAUCCAAGGAGAAAGUGGCAAUUAACUCUAUGCAUUCCAAAUCUGAACACAGAAUGUACUCCUGUGAUUAUGUAGUGUGAAGAAGUUAACAACCUACAAAAGUGUAAAAGCAGUUACAGCAAAUAUGUGUGAUGCCCAAGUCUUCUGUCUUUGCUUUUGGAACUUUAAAGUACUCAAAGCUAAACUGACAACAUAGAAUCAUUGUUAGUCUGGUAGAGGUUAUGGGAAAUGUCAAUAUAGGUAAAUUCUGUAGACAGCACUGUAGAUAAAUUCUUCUGAAAGAUGAACAGCUAAAUAGACAGUUUCAGAAGCUAGUGGUUUUUGGGGCCUACAUUGCUUCUUAGCAGGAAAAGUGAAACUAAGCUUUAGCUAUCUGUGUGUGUGUGUGUUUUAACUGAGUUGCAUUUAUUUAUUGGGCCCAAUCAAUAGAAUUGAUGAAUAGAAGUAGCAAUAACUUCAUGAAUAGAAGUAGCAAUAACUCCCAACAGAGCCACCAGCUUCUGCGGCUUGAGGGGCAGUAAUCUUAAACAUCAUGGUGGUGACAAUCUUGUCCACCUCUGGAAACAGGUGGCCUUAUCCUCUUGCAUAAUAUAGAAUCUGGUUCUGCUUCAACAUUUGCCAUUCCAAUGAUGCCAGCUUUCAGUGUUAAAAACCCUAAGCUGAUAUUUCAACGCAGUGUGUUUGAUGGAGCAAUAGGGAAUUGUGGGGUGGGCUAAGGACAGGUGAUAUUUUUCCCCAGAGCUGAAGGUAGCAUGAUAGAAGUAUAAUUGUGCAGUUCCGGCUUCUAUUAUUCUCCCUUGUCAAACAAUGUGCAAAUCCUUAUAGUGAUUCAACAACCUGAUAAACUUGUUUGACUUGAAAUGACAGAAGGACAAAAUGAAUGAUGUGUAUGCUAUAGGAAAUUAUAUGCCUCUGAUAACUACUUUUAACUCACUGUAGUCUUUCUCCAUUCAUAGAAAUUAAAGUUAGUGUGGGGAGUCUAGUACUCAAGAGAGAAGAGACACAAUGGCUUAAACCAUUUGCUGUUUCUCCCCCAUAGCUACUAUUCCCAAUCUUGUCUCUCUUAAUGUUCUUCCUGGCUUCUGUAUAGUUCGGACUAUCCCAGGCCUUGCCAAAAAUCUAGAAAUUAUUUUGGAAGUUUCAAUCUUAGUAGCAGUUAAAAAAAACACCAUUAUGUAUAAUCUAUUCUGUUCGAAGAACAUAGAUUACCAAGAUGCAGAAUUGGGAAUUUUGGUGUUUGCACUUACUACUCACAACCUUGUCAUGCCGCACAAAGGGGAAUAGAUGCCAAUUUGCAACUAAUGGCCAGUUAUGGGUCAUUUAACCAUACUUAGUUAUGGGCACAAGCACACUGCCUUCCAUGUACUUUUUGCUUCCGCUUUCCUGAACAAUCCUGGGUCAUCGUUGCAUCCAAACCUGGAAACUCUGGGUUGUUUAGGAGUUAAACUCAAUAACAAACCAUGAGUUCGAUUGUGCAAACCAUCAUUCUGUGAGGAAGAGGGGAAAAUAGAGAUGUAAUGUAUAGCACUGACUCUUUUGUGUCAGGUCCCAUAAACUUGAGCGCAGAGUAAAAUGGCACAUUGAAAUACAUGUGUCUAUUGCUUCUCUGUUGUCUAUUGUCAAUACAAAACAUAAAUUCCUCUUCUACCACCAGCCUAAGGUACUGAGUUAACUAUCCAAAACGGCUGCUUCAAUAUGGAAACAGUUAUCUUACAUUACAUUCAGACAACAGUUUUCACCUAUGGUAUGGUGGUAAGUUUUGCAGUUACAAAGGAACUAUGUUGAGGUGGGUCAUCUGAAGUUCUUCAACUGGUAUUAGACUCUGUGGCUCCACUCCUUUCUGUUGGAGCUCAUCUAGAGAGUCCAUCAUUUAUGACUAGUGCAAAAUAUACAAUUGUAUGAAUCAAGACUUGAAACUUCAAAUUGUUGUUUUAGAAUCUGUAUAAUUACAACUGACAAAUAUAGAAAAAUAACUGUAGUGGAGCAUUCCAAUGAAAUUUCUCUAUGCACAUUUAUCGGAUAUGAAAUCAUUGUGAAUAUUUAGUAUCAUGUUGUUUGAAGGAACUGAGGUAUAAAGUGCCUUGAAUAGACACAAGUGAACUUU